UGACGCCCUGCCCAGGCAAUGAAAGAAAGAAAGAAAGCAACCUUCUACGCCUAAGAGCUACGUCGCCAGAUUCGGCCGUGCGUAAGCGUACACUUACAAGGAUAUGACCUUAUGACGUUUCAGAUAUGAUGUAGGUAGUUUCAAUCACGUUGAUGUUGAUGUCACGCACUAUAUUUACUAUUUGAUCCACGGUUUGUUUUUCGUUUGCUCGAGAAUUUACAAUGCAACGGGCGCAAGAUAGAACUAACACUAGCAUCGUGAGAAGAAGGUAAAUCCUUCACACGGAAACCACGAUUCCAUCACUAACAAACAAACAAGAUAGAUUUCGUUUGAUAUUAAUCUGAUAUUUGAUUUUCGUUUUACAGCAUGAAAAAGGGUCAAGUAAGCUGCAGAUUAUCGAGAAAAGAAAAGAUAUUUGUUUCGCUGACAUUUAAUCGGAAUUCCAGGCACAGACAUCUUUGCAUGGUCCAACGAGACCAGCUGAGUCAAGCCCUUACAGGCAGCGAAAAACAGAAAUGGCGCUACGGAUUUUUAGCAGAAUACUGCGACGAAGCAAACGCUGCAGCAUUAUAGUACAUUUUUCUUCUUUAUUUUGUUUUUCAAUUCCCUUUUGUUGGGGCGAAAACUUCUUGAAAAGUCUGUGUCAGAUCCGUAUUCUUCUUUUUUUGGUUUCUUCCGUAGGUGUCUUUUUUCUUAUUGAGUUUUUUUUCCAGUUUACCAGCAACGAAAAAUCCUCGAGUUGUCAAAGUGCAACCGCGCUCAUGGUUUCGAUUCAAUAUUUUACCUUUCCUAUAUCUUUUCUAUCGUCUUUGCCAUUGGCAUCAAUACCUAGACGUUCACCUGACUCAAUUUUCCUCUCAGGUUUCUUACGGCAAGGAAGAGAGGCAUUGCUCGACGUCUGGCGUUUUAUAGGGUUUUUUCAUUAUGAUGAAGAAAAUAAAAUGCUCUUGCUUCGAACAACGGCACAAAGUUGCUGUAUUUCACUCACGCCACUCCGCCGCCGAUGCGUGUAAGUAGUUUAAAAAGGAAGUUGCGCAGUUUCAGGCUGAAGAAUAAAGAACGAAGAUGUUACCAGAUUAGGGUAGUUUCUAUUUACACCACGCAUUUCUUCUAUUUCAACAGAAUUCAAACUUGUUUUUGAUUUUAUAUAUGAUGUAUCUCCUUAUUUCAGUAGAGUUUCAUUACAAGAUGAAUACAAAGCAGUGCUGGCCAAGCCACGUGAAGAGCUGAAGCGUUUUUUUCACAAGGGAUACAUGAUAAAGAGUUUCCAGUAAAACGAAC